GGAGUGGCCCAGUUCUGCUAGUGCUCAGAAGACAGAAAGCCUGCCUGCACGGCUGCACUGUUUGACCUUAAGGAAAGGAAGAAGUCCCUAGUACUAAGGAAUCUUCAGAUCUCCGAAGGAGUGGUUCCAUGGCAAACUUGAUAACCUUCCUUUGGUUCUCAAUGUUACUAACCCUAACAUACAGCCAAACACCAACACCGAAUGCUUCAGAUUCGCCAAUUAAAAACAUAAGUUUUGAUGCGGAGACAAUGUGGCUGAGAUGGACCAAUGUGAAGGAUGUGAAUGACGUCAUUUGUUCUGUUAUAGUGCUCUCAAAUACCAAAUAUAAAAAAGAGGCAAAAAACAACAGUGCAUGCCCAAUAAGAGUAUAUGCUCCUUGGUGCCAAGGAGUAAACUUUAAAAUUGAGGGAUUUGCUGGGGAAAGAUUUACAGAAACAUUCCAGAUUCCCAGAAGAGGAAAAGAAGGGAUCACUAAAGAAAAUGUAUCCUGCCAGGUUCAUGACGCAAAUCUCAUGGAUUGUGAGUGGACAGUGAGAGAAACUCCAAGCGAUAUCCAGUAUCAGUUUUUUUACUCACAAAAGUCAGAUGCUUUUGCAGAUAUAGAAUGUCCAAAAUACAAGACAGAUUCUGAAGGAAGACGUGUCGGAUGUCACUUUAAUGACCUCUCAGGAUUUCGUGAAAUUAGACCCUAUCACUUCCUAGUAACUGGAACCAGCAAUGGAACGGAAGUCCAGUGUAAUGAUGAGUACAUUGAUCUAAGUAAAAUUGAAAUAUUCAAACCACCAAAUAUCACCGUAGAGUGCACAAAUACUAAUUGUACCAUGCAGUGGCAGGUACCCGAAAGACGAGAAACAUGGGACGCUGAAUUUCUAUAUCAGCUUCAAAUUCAAAAGAUUGCUGACAAAAAUGCUGUAGAGCAAGAGGUCCUUGUUGAUAUAACAAAAACAAAUUUCAACCACAGAAUUAGUGAAGGAAAAUUUACUGUGAAAAUAAGAACAAAAAGGCCAUAUCAUGGAAAUUGGAGUGAAUGGAGUAAGCCCCAAGAAUUUGGUCAUGAAGCCCCCAAAAGUAUUCCUCUGGCAGUAUUCAUGUGGCCACUUUUUGGAAUAGCCUUCAUUAUCCUGAUCAUUAUAGGAUAUCUCUGUAAAAGGUAUUAUGUGAUUCAGAAAAUCCUGCCUCCUGUUCCCCGUGUUAAAGACCAAGUUAGUGACAAUUUUCACAAAUACACCCAGGUGGUCUGGGAAGAAAAUAAAAUACCUCCGGAACAAUGUAAAAUUGAAGUGAUACAAGUCAUAGGAAAAAAAUCAAACUGUCCAUAAAACUAAACAAGAUAUUUCACUGGAUAAUGUUCUUAGAAAUUUCUUUUCUGAUCUUUUUCUUAUUUCUAUUUUUUUUUCUUUUCUUCCAAACAAUGUUAUAGUAACGCACAAGGAGGAAUAUGCUGGCAAAUGUUUAA